AUGUCUGCACUCUCGUGGAGCGUUGCCUUGCAGCACACACUACUGCGGUUGCAAAGCCUUAGAAUGACUUUCUCCAGACAAAUGUAUUCCAUUAACCUAUUACGGACAAGUUGGCUGUAUUAUUGUGUUAGCAAUCGGUACUCAGUAGUUCCAGUCACUGGAUUAUCCGAAUCAUCAGUAGCUAGUGACCAGGAAUCUGAAACUAAUUCCAACAAACUUAAAUCCCUCAAUUUCUCCGUGAAUUCAGUUACGUUACUCGGGACUGUCAUCGGAAUAAAAACAUUCCCAAUGCAAAAAACUCCAGAUCGCAACUGGACUCUGAUAUUUUUGAAAACCCAAUCACCGAGAUAUAUAAAUGCUGAAAAUAAAUAUUUAACUGAAACUUCUGAUGCGGAUGAAUACGAUUUGAAAUUUAAAAUGGUAUUGUACAGCACAUCGAAUAGAGUCCAUGUUUUCAGUCCUAAAUUGGUCUGCGCUCUUAGAGAUGUUAAACUUGGUGAACGUUUACUAGUCACUGGAUUUCUUUCUUAUUAUCAAUCACCUAAACCUGAUGGAACGACUCAAAGAAACUGCUGCGUCACGGCUCAGCGCAUCGCUCAUAUGGGUUGGUCUAAUGAUUAUCAACCCAAUUUAUCACUUUAUGUCUCACAACAUAUAUAUUUUAAUCUUCCGAUUAAUGCCAUCACAUCCAUCCAGCAAUCAAAAACUAAACGGUUAAUAGAAUAUUCAACGAAGUAA